AUGGGUGUUCCAGCGCUUUUUCGCUGGCUGUCGCAGAAGUACCCUAAGAUCAUCUCGCAGGUCAUCGAAGAGAAACCAGGAGAAGUAGAUGGACAGGAGAUACCGGUCAGCACGGCGGGUCCAAAUCCCAACGGAGAGGAAUUCGACAAUUUGUAUCUUGACAUGAAUGGCAUUGUCCAUCCCUGUUCACACCCAGAAGAUCGCCCACCGCCAUCUACAGAAGAAGAGAUGAUGCUAGCAAUAUUUAAAUAUACGGAUCGAGUGGUGAACAUGGUUAGGCCAAGGAAACUGCUAUUGAUUGCUGUUGACGGUGUUGCUCCUCGUGCAAAGAUGAAUCAGCAACGCUCCCGACGCUUCAGAUCGGCCCAGGAAGCAGCACAGAAGGACGAAGACAAGGAGGAAUUCCUCAAAAUGCUCAAGUCGCAGAACAACGGAGUGGUGCAUGAAGAUGCCACAGCCAUGGCACAAAAGAAGACUUGGGAUAGCAAUGCCAUUACUCCAGGGACGCCGUUCAUGGAUAUCCUUGCCGCGAGUCUUCGAUACUGGUGUGCGUACAAAGUCAACACUGAUCCAGCAUGGGAAAAGGUCAAGGUUAUCAUAUCAGACGCAACGGUGCCGGGUGAAGGAGAACAUAAGAUCAUGGAGUUCAUCCGCUCACAGCGAUCUUCGCCUGAGCAUGAUCCUAAUACUCGCCAUGUAAUGUAUGGACUUGAUGCCGAUUUAAUCAUGCUUGGUCUCGCAACUCAUGAGCCUCAUUUUCGCGUUCUUCGCGAGGAUGUCUUCUUCCAAGAGUCAAAAGCGCGUACUUGCCACAUCUGUGGUCAAAAGGGCCACAUAGCGGAGGCAUGCAAAGGUGAAGCUAAGCAAAAGGAGGGAGAUUUUGGUGAGAAAGACAAAGCCCUCACUGACAAGCCCUUCAUCUGGCUCCAUGUCUCUGUUCUUCGUGAGUACCUCGAAGCCGAAUUGCAUGUGCCGCAAGCGACUUUUCGCUUCGACCUAGAGAGAGCUUUGGAUGACUGGGUUUUUAUGUGCUUUUUUGUUGGGAACGAUUUUCUUCCACAUCUACCCAGUCUUGAUAUCAGGGAGAAUGGUAUUGACACUCUCAUUGCUAUUUGGCGAGACAACAUCCCGUUGAUGGGAGGUUAUGUCACAAAAGAUGGGCAUGUUGAUUUAGAACGCGCUCAAUUCAUCUUGGAUGGGCUGGCUAAGCAGGAAGAUGCCAUCUUUCGGCGUCGACGACAGACAGAAGAGCGACGAGAUGCUAAUGCCAAGCGACGAAAAUUAGAAGAGCAGAAUCGAAGCAGGAGCCAAAAUAAUACUGUGCAACGUGGCCGUCGAGGAUCUCCAGACUACAGCAGCCCGUCGAGUGGUACCAUAGGCCGAGCGAAGGAUCCAUCAAUCGCUCCUGCAGACAUGCCAUUGUUCGUUCCGGGGAAAGGUAUCCUCACCAAGGAAGAAAGAGCUGUCACUCAUGAUAUGGUCGUGAAUCGUGGCACGGUGCACAAAGCUAAUGCGGCCAACAAAAGUGCUGCAGCUGCAUUGAAAAGUCAACUACUAGGAGGUCAGAUUGAUCCAUCUUCGGCAAACCAGACCGAGCCAUCAGCCGGGGAUGGCGCAGACGGUAGCGGGCAGAAUAAUACCCCCCAAAGUGCAGACGUAACCACCACGCCGGUAUCGGCUUCGAGGAAGAGAAAAGCAGAACUCAUGGAGGAUGGAGACGCAGGGACCCCAAGCCGCGAUAGCCCUGAUGUCUCAAACAAACCACAGGCAGACUCGGAUGAGCCGCCACCCGACAAUGUUCGUUUGUGGGAGGAAGGCUACGCUGACCGGUACUACGAACAGAAGUUUAACGUCGAUCCUAAGGACAUCGCCUUUCGCAACAACGUUGCAAGAGCCUACGUGGAAGGUCUUGCAUGGGUUCUUCUCUAUUACUUCCAGGGAUGUCCAUCGUGGACCUGGUACUACCCGUAUCACUACGCUCCCUUCGCAGCUGACUUUGUCGAGCUUGAUAAGAUGAAUAUAAAAUUCGAGAAAGGCACACCUUUCAAGCCGUUUGAGCAGCUCAUGGGCGUCUUGCCCGCAGCCUCGAACCACGCGAUACCAGAAGUGUUCAGAUCAUUAAUGAGUGAUGAGGAUAGCGAGAUUCUAGAUUUCUAUCCAACGGACUUUCCGAUUGAUCUGAAUGGAAAGAAGUUUGCCUGGCAAGGCGUUGCAUUGCUGCCUUUCAUCGACGCAAAGAGGUUGCUCGAAGCUAUGGCGACGAGGUAUCCGCUGCUAUCUGCCGAUGACGUUGCAAGGAAUGCGUUGGGGAAGGAUGUUCUGAUCAUGUCCAACCGACAUCCUUUGUAUGAAGAGAUAGCGACAAACUUCUAUUCGAAGCGUCAGGGCUCACCGAAGUACAAGAUCAAUCCCCGCAUAAGCGAAGGACUGGCCGGCAAAGUUGAGAAGAACGAGGACUAUAUACCUCAAAGUUCUCUAAUUUUCCCACUCGAGGAAGGAGUGAUGCCCAACCUGGACGAAGAUAAUAGCAUCAGUGUCCACUAUGAAAUGCCUCAUUCAGUGCAUAUCCAUAAAUCAAUGAUACUUCGAGGUGUCAAAUCUGCACCGCCCACUCUUGAUCGCGCCGACAUCGAGGCUACCAAAGGACGCGCGAACUCCUCUGGCCGCUCUCAUGGGGGUGCACCUUUGGGAGGUGGUCGAGGUAGCGGCCGUGGUCGAGGCGGUCAGAUCAACUACUCCAAUGAUAGGCCUAACCCAUUCGCCCAGCAUCUAAAUCCCGGCUUUGCACCUCCGCCAAAUGGUUACGGACGAGGUGCUCCACCUCCAGGCCAAUUCAAUGGCUAUCCUCCUCCGCCUCCGCGAGCUUACUUCAACGGACCGCCUCCACCUCCUCAAAAUGGGUACUAUGGCGGACCGCCUCCAGUAGCUCAAGGUCGAUACAAUGGACCACCGCCGCCACCACAACCUGGUUACUAUAAUGGACCUCCGCCCACACCGCAGAAUGGAUAUGGUAAAGGAGGUCAACAUUUGAAUAAUCAUUAUGGUAGAUAG